CUUUCCUCCUUCACGGCUCUGAAACCAGGCAUCCAGCAAGAACAUUUAGUGACAGUGAAGGGGAGUGUAUUUGACAGCUUGUCCCUGCUUCCUGUGUGUGUCACAGCUGGUCCCCUUGGCUACGUGAACUUUGAAGCUACAACACACAUCCGGUUAUUUCUGUCAUUGGGUUGAGCAGGGCACACCUCUAUAGGCAUCCCAAACAUGUUUUCCCUUAUAGCUCUGAGUCACAGUGUCUGCUUCCAACUAACGUGCCACUCACAGACUAAGUAAGUGCUUUUGUAGUUAGAGACAUUACCUUAUUGUAGAUAAAGGCAUUUAGCCUUCCUUAGGUGAAAGAAGAAACUUAGGUAUCAAGAGUGAUAAAGGAGAAAACACCAGUGCUUCGGGAAGGUGUACUCAGAUCCAAUUGUGCAGGAGGUAAGCAAUUAGAGUAGUAAUUUACAUACUCUGCAGUUACUUAUUAACACUGCAGCCAUUAUGCAAAUCAGACUUCCCUUGUCAAAUGCUGGGGAAGUGGAUGAAACAGAAAUAACCACACGAUUUUGAGUUAAUAAAAAAUAUAGCUGCGUUAUAAUGCUCUGCCAGCUAACAAAAAGUAAUUUCAGUGCUCUUAAAUAUUUCAGACAGAAAGCACUCUCAAAUUAACGACUGAGUGCUAACUUGGGAGCCCACUGGGUUCCUCCUAGCUAAGAACAGGAUGCCUUUUUCAUCUUUGCCCAGCUGAAAACAAGAAGAUGUACGUGCUACAAAAGUGACACACCUUGAUACUGGCUCUUCAGAUUCCUAUCUGUAAAAAUCAACAAAAUGACCCGGAUAUAUGGCAUAUCUUUGUAUAGAGGUUUUGUUUUUCUUCUAUUCUGGGUGGUAAAUCUUUGACCUACAACACAUUUGCCAGCCACCUGGCACUCCUUUUGCUGCCUACCUCAGACACCUCGCCACCUCUGCACGGUGCUUAGCUAGCUAGCUGCUUUUCACCACGCGCACCCUCACGUUGUGAAACCCCCUGUUGUGAAACCUUAGCCAUUAAAUCACCUCACAAAAUGACAGUGAGGUGAUUUGCCUGUGCCACAGAAUCCCAGGAUGGCUGAGGUUGGGAGGGACCUCAGGAGGUCACCCUGUGCAGGAGCCCUGCUAUCACUGGCAGGCCCCCAGUGCCACCAGGCUCCUGCAGGCUCUGUGGAGCAGGCAGAAAGUGAAAAGUGAAAUCCUGAGGGCUUUCAGAUCUUGGGGCUGAAGGCUGUUGGGCUUCACCCGAGGAAGUGUGUUUACAGUGGGACCCACCACCCUGCACGGGGAAAGAUCUGAGCUCACCAGCCGCUUUCACAACCCUUAGGUAAACAAAAGAAGCACAAAACAGGCAAGCCCACCCCGCCCAGGCAAAGGGAAGAAGCACAGAGCAGGGAAUGGCAGACCAAGCCUUUAUUCACUCAGCAUUCCCCUGCCCCGCCGCCCCUCAGCACCCGGGACAGCAGCGCGCCCCCGCCCGUUGCCACGGCAGCAACAUGGCGGCGGAGCGCACCCCCCCCACACACACCCCCGCCCCGCGCCGCGGUUGCCGGGGUGACGGCGGCGCCGCGGCCGCAAGAUGUCGGAGCUGAGCUCCGAGGGGGAGGCCGAGGAAAGCGAACCCGAGGAGACCGAGACCGAGUCCGAGUCCGAGGGGACCGAGGACAGCGAGGCCGAGGAGGCCGAGGCCGAUUUAGGGGAGUAUGAUGGUGAGCGCAAUUCAGCUGGGGAACGACAUGGGCGUGGGAAAGCACAGCUGCCCAACGGUGAUACGUACGAUGGGGAAUAUGAGCACAGUUUGAGGAACGGACAGGGGACGUACAGAUUUAAAAAUGGUGCUCGCUACAUUGGACAGUAUCUUCAAAACAAAAAGCACGGCCAUGGUGUUUUCUUUUACCCAGAUGGAUCAAAAUAUGAAGGAAGCUGGGUGAAUGACCAGAAGCAUGGCUAUGGAGAAUAUACCUAUGCAAAUGGAGACACCUACGCUGGAGAAUGGUUUAACAAUUAUAGGCAUGGGCAAGGUACAUAUGUGUAUAAAGACACUGGAUCUAAGUAUGUUGGUGGUUGGGUAAAUGGAAACCAGGAAGGAGAAGCUGAACUUAUUCACCUAAACCACAGAUAUAGGGGCAAGUUUUUGAAUGGAAAUCCUGUAGGUCAAGGAAAAUAUGUCUUUGAUAUUGGAUGUGAACAGCAAGGUGAAUACAUUCAGUCAGCAGAGGAUAAAGGGGAGGAAGAAGAAGAAGAAGAGGAGCCCUCAUUACCUGCUGCACUGAAAUGGAAAGCAACAGAAAUUACUAAAUUAACACUCUGGACACCCAGUGUGAAAAAAACACCUCCCAGUGAAGCCUCCCCAGCAGCAGCAGAGGCGGCAGCAGCAGCAGGUGAAGCAGUGGAAGAAACAGGAGGAGCAGUAGAGGGAGAGGAGACAAUGCCAGCAAAUGCAGUCACUGAUGAGACCGCUGACGGUAGGGAUGAUGAGCCUGCUCAUGAAGUAUCCAGUGAAGUUUUUAGCUCUGAAAAGCAUGCAGAGGAGGAAGAUGAGGGAAGCAGAGGGGAAGAAGAAAACAAAGAAGCUCAGGAGGAGCAAGGAACUGCUAAUUUAGAGGAUAAGGAGGAUGAAUCACAGGAAGCAGAGUAAUUGGAUACAACCAACAACAAAAACAGGCAAAAAAAUAAUCAGAGUAAAUCAUUUGUUAUGGUAAAUCUGAAAUAUUUUCAUUAAUGAAAACCUUAGUUAAGAUAUUUUGAAUAAACAUUUCUGUCACUGUUCUGUCUGGAA